AUGAUUCGCGGCCGGAUUCGCGGCCACCCGCCCCCACCCCAGGCGUAUGGUGAGGUGUUCCUGGAGGGCAACUUUGCCCCUGUGGCGGAGGAGCGCUUCAACAAGGACCUGGAGGUCCUCGAGGGGGCCGUGCCCGCUGAGCUGGAGGGCGCGUUCCUGCGCGUCGGCCCCAACCCCGCGCUACCCCCAGUGGGCGGCUACCACUG